AUCGGAUGACACGAUGGUUUUACGUGCUUUACCUUGAAAGUAGGUAAACUGGUGUAUCUCAAUAUAAAGACUGACAAUUUUUUUGUCGACCUUAAGCUGUUUCACGAACGUUCCAGUAAUGGCUACAACAGAUAUUGACCACGUCAUGCAUUCGCUUCGCUUGUAUAGUGAAUGUUACAUUACGUCACGUAAAGUUUGGAAACUCGAUCGACUGAAGUGUGUCGCAAGAUAUAAAACAAAGUUCAAAAUCUUAUCACGGCCACCAGUCGUGAGAAUUACGAGACAUGUGCCGUGUAUUUUUUAUUUGAACAACAAGCUAGUAACGCUUAAAAAAUCUCCCCUUUUGUUCACAAUCGAAUUAUGUCAAUAGCAUAUAAACUCCAAUGUGGCAAAGCAACAUGAGAUAGAGGAAAACCAACCAUUUUACUUCAAAUCUAACCGUUUUAAAAUUUAAAUCUUGUUUAAUAUCAACAGGCAACAGUUCGAAUUUGACUGGAGUUCAUGGAUAAAAUGCAUAUCAAACGGAUGUGAGGAUUUCAUCAAAAAUUUUUAGCAGGAUGCUCGUAUCGAUUCCUGCAUGAAAUUUACAUUUUCUGGCAACAGGCAACUCAUAGAUUGGGAUUGCUAGUUAUAGCUUUACUUCUGAGUAUAAUGCUAGUGCCUGUUUUGUGGAAUAUUAGACGUGCUUGGAGAUUGAAGGUCCAUUUAGCAAAAUGCCAAUAACGAACAAGACCUAUCCUUUCAAACUAAUUGCCAUUAUUUCUUUCGGAUGUUUAGGUUUUUCCCACGGUUCAUUUCUUAGUGAUGACGAAUUCAUGAGUCAACUUAAUUGCACAGCUGGUUUGUCCGUCUGCUCUGAUUUGAGUCAGUGUAUUCCUUCGACGUAUCUGUGCGACGGCCGAAUGGAUUGUGAGGACGGAUCGGACGAGAAGUGGACGCUGUGUUACUAUCGAAAGUUUAAUUGCGCCGACAAUACAACUUUAAUUCGCGCAUCGUUACGUUGCGACGGUAGGAAAAAUUGUCUAGACGGUUCAGAUGAAGAAGGAUGCCGCAGAAGAACCAAAAAUCAGUUGACAAACAUAUUCGUUUCAAAAGCUCCGAUAUUGCCUUCAAGAUUGACAACUACACCAGAGCCUGUGCCAACAUUAUCAAGUACAUUUUCUAUGGAUGAAGAAGAAAUUGCUCAAUCAACAAUAGGAUCAGUUAACAAUUCAAUUGCUGUUGAGACAGAAGAAGAAAAAGAUCAUUCUCUCGCUGUCGACAGCUUACUUAUGGACAAGGAAGAAGAAGUCACUCUUGGAUUUUUAAACCUUUUUUGUUUUUGGCUUGCGGUGGCCAUCGGAGGACUCGCAGGAUUAGCAUUCACUACUGCCGUACUUAUGCAAGGCUCAACCUACAUUAAGAAAAGGCGAUGCAGAUCAGUAAAUUUAGGACCUGGGUCAAUGCCGAAUCAAAGUCAAGAUUUAACAUAAUUUCAUCCGGCCUUUUUGGUGGUCCCCAUAUCUGGUCUUCUCAGCAGCACCCUACAGAAUCCACACAAAAUUACCUCUUGAUCGACCCAAAUUAAUUAUGAUGGCUCCAAUAACGCCUAACUGUUUGGAUAAUACGUAUAGGCAUACUGUGUACAUACCAAUUUCACUCAUAAGAAUUAAUUAGACGAAAAGUAUAAACGUGUAAA